AUGUGGUGCAAAGCUAACACCAAGAAUGCACCGAAACCCUCGGGAGCAAUGAACAUGGGCUAUGACGACAUCUGUUCUCUGCUCGAAUGUCUAUCUAUUUCCACAGACGAACUUCUCGCAAGUGACGCCAUCCAACCCAGAUCCCUGAGCACUCAGAUGGUCGUUGAUGAUGCCAUCUAUACUCCACCUCCACCGAUCCCCGUAGCCAUGGGGAUCGGUCCCCCUUCAAACAAUACAUCAGGUACACAAAGCUCGGUAGAGUGGUAUCGGCAGUUAUUAUCUGCGACACGGGACGAGGUUCAGGUUGUUUUAAAGAGGAUGAGAGAGUUGGAAUUUUCGAAAGAGACUAUUCAAUACCCCGAUCUGUUCGGCCAAAUUCAGAACUCACAGGAACGAGCUAUUUUAAGCGAACGUCUUGCUUUGCUAACGCAUCACCAGGAUGCCCUCAGCGAAGCUCUGUACAUCGAAGAGACCAUGCUAUAUUACGGCGAGUGA